CAGGAUCUGUGCAAACGCUUAGAGCCCGUGAUAAUGGAAUUAGAACGCACCAAUAGACCGUUGCUGGUGGUUUCUCACAGAGCGACAAUGCGAUGUUUAUUUGCCUAUCUACUGGACAUCCCCGCGGAGGACAUCCCCUUCACACCAAUACCCCUACACACGGUCAUCCGCGUUAUUACCACAGGUUACGGAACGACGAUAGACUAUUACGACUUGUCUGAAGAGGGUCGGAUGGAGGUGGCCGAUCCAGUAAAGGGCGCCAUACAGCAGUAUGACGCCCUUAACGACGCCAUCUAGCAUGCUGGUAAAUGACGUUAGUUUGCGACGUCGGUUAAGGGUGCUUGUGAUGAACGCCACCCCCAAGCUAGUCGAGGACAUUGAGACAAUGCCAGUGAUUAUCGAGGCGAGUUGUAGUCCACACAGCCCGGUUGUAGCAAUAUUCGACCUAUUUUGAACAAGGCUUUAGGCCGUUGAGAAGCAGACACUACCUCAGAAACACGCUGUUUUGUACACUCGCGUAAAUUGGGACUCGUCGAAUCUGACGCCAAACAUCAUGCAUAGACUAGCGUUGUGAAGGAUCUGACGUUUUUUGAUACUCUCGAUUCGAUGAGAUCUGAUAGGCGGUCGCUGAGAGUCUACCGCGAUCGAUCUUGAUUUCAUUAGUAUUCGAGGCCAUAGGGACGACCCAUGAGACAAAAUCAUUGGCUUACGCUGUCAUGUUAAGAGCUUAUUUCCAGCGCAACGGAGACCGUCUCAAUAAGAAGUGGUAUCGUGCAGUUUGCAUACUUAGUUGGGUGUGGGUAGGUGAAAGGAACACUAAUAUCUCACAGCAGUUGUCGAAGAGUUUGAGGUGCAGAUGCUAUAUUUUUAAGUUAAUAUAGAACGAGAAAGUUUAAAAUGUUCCCUACUUCUUUUUUUUUUGAAGCAAAUUAAAUGAAAAUAAAAGUAUUUCGAGG